AAGUUAACAGGUAUAAAAGGAAUGUUUGACAGAUAGAAGCCAUUAGUUGAAACAAUUGCUUUUAACAAAGAGAACAACAAUGGAGGUUAAGAUUUUGUUGGGUUUACUGGCCUGCUGUGGCUUUGCUUUGGUUAGAGCAGAAUUAGAAGGUUACAAAAUCUACGAUGUCACCCCUACCAAUACCUUUGAACAGCAGAUCCUAGAGCAUUUGAGCAAAUUCGAAGACUAUGACUUCUUCCAUCGCCCUAGGGCCUUGAAUGUCUCGUCCCGUGUGAUGAUCUCCCCUGAGGAUCAAGAUGAUUUUGAGAACACUCUCAACAAGUUUUCUUUGGGCUUUGAAGUUAUUAACGAAGAUGUAUCAAAAGCUAUCCAUUUGGAACGUUCUCAAAAUACCCUCUUCCGUUCGAUGUCCCGUGGUGUAUCUUUCAGCAGCUUCCAAAGAUUCAACCAAAUCAAUGCUUACCUCGAUGAAUUGGCCGCUAAGUAUCCAAACCGUGUGACAGUCAACAACGUUGGCAAGUCCUACGAGGGAAGACAAAUUAAGACAAUCACUAUUACCAACGGUGACAAGAAGGCCAAUAAGAAUGUGAUCUGGGUUGAUGGUGGAAUUCAUGCUAGAGAAUGGAUUGCUCCAGCUGCUGCUUUGUAUGUCAUUAACCAGCUUGUCGAGAAUUUCUCAGCCAACAAGGAUCUCUUAACCAAAUACGAUUGGGUUGUAAUGCCAGUUGUAAACCCUGAUGGAUAUGAGUACACUCACACCAAGUCACGCAUGUGGAGGAAGACCAGGAAACCAUCGAGCAGCUCAUGCACAGGAACAGAUGCCAACAGGAAUUUCGGCUUCCACUGGGGUGAGGUUGGUGCCUCAAGCUCAUCGUGCUCCGAUACUUUCAGGGGAGAGAAGGCAUUCUCUGAGCCAGAAACUCAAGUUGUUAGGGAUCAAUUGCUGAAAUUGAAGGGACGUGCUAAAUUCUACCUGACCAUUCACUCCUACGGCAACUACUUGUUGUACCCAUGGGGCUGGACUUCACAACUUCCCUCAACCGUUUCCAAUCUCGAUGAAGUCGCAAAGGCUGGAGCCAAUGCUAUCCGUUCAGCUACUGGAACCAAAUACACUGUUGGAUCAUCGACAAAUGUGUUGUAUGCCGCAGCUGGUGGAAGUGAUGAUUGGGCAUUUGGUGUUGCUGGUAUUCCAAUUUCCAUUACCAUGGAAUUGCCUGCUGGUGGUUCCGGUUUUGAUCCUUCUCCAUCACAAAUCAAGCCAUUUGUUUCCGAGACAUGGAUCGGUAUUAAGGCUAUGGCUCAAAAGGUCAUUUCCAAGUAUUAAAUUUAAUUUGUAUAGAAUUACAAAUGGCCUACAUAAGUUUGACUUGAAUAUUUACAAAUAAAUUAACUUCAAUUCUGUUUUAAGAAA